AUGUACAACAGGGUUUUGGCUGCGUCUCUGAAGUUUUCACAUGAUUUCAUCACUCGGACAUGGCUUCAUCACUCGGACAUGGCCUCAUCACGUUGGUACGCGCCAUACAAGUCCUUUAACUUGUCGAAUGUGAGCGAUGACAACACAGAGUUUUCCACCGAGUACGUGGCAUUCACGCGAACGAGGCACAUCGGUACCUUGGUCACGUACACGUCCAACACAGUCAUGAAGAAGUCUCGGCAGGCGGUCGAGUUGAAGAACUUGGACACUUGGGUUGGCGUGGGGGGCAGCCGUGCACCCAACUGUACCUUUAAAGUGAACCCCGAUUCCUUUCGACAGGCCUCGGUGCUGGCUUGUUCACUCAGCGGGUUAAAGAACGACUUCAAUUUGGGCAGGUCCAGGCACCACGGCAGCGGGUCUGGCACGAGCUUUGGCGCAGGGAUGACCGCGUACAUGACGAGGGAGAUCACUCCUGCCCAAAUGGCAACGGGCAAGCCGUGA